AUGCGCAGAUUCUCCGUAUAGUGUGGCACAUGACGGAUGGGGAAGCAUGAACAGCUCUUCUGAAGUCGAAGAUGGGACUCGGCAUAAAAACCAGACGUUCUGUGAGUGUGUGCCCAGCUCCUCCCAGCUCAAACACCGCUGGUCAGACUCAGACACGGCCAGAGAGACGCCCGCCAAGAGGAUGAGCUGCAGCUACCUGCUCUGCACCAUCCUGCUCUUCGUGGCCGUCCUAUUGGCCGUCACCGUGACCGGCACCAUCCUCUUUAUGAAUCACUACCAGGCCCCACCCAUGUCCGACGGCCUCCCGCACAUCUCCACCAAUCAGGACGAGGCCAACGCCCUGGUGACCGUGGAGCGGGGCGACGGCUCUCGCAUCAACAUCUUCAUCGACCCCAACUGUCCCGACUACAACAGUAACUUUUUGCGGCUGGAGGGCGUGCAGACGUCGCUGCUCCACUCGCUCAGCGACCACGACUCGGACCUGAAGUCGGUGAAGGGCCAGGACCGGACGCUCCUGGUCAGCCUGGCCGAGGAGGUGGCCAAGCUGUCGGCCCACGCCGGGCAACUGAAGAUGGACUAUGAGUCUCUGCGCAGGGGGCAGGGCAGCCUGGGGCAAGACCUCAACACGCUGCAGAUGGAGCAGGGGCGCCUCAUACAGCUGCUGUCAGACAGCCAGAUGAACAUGGUGAAGGUGGUGAACUCUGUGAGCGACGCGCUGAACGCCAUGCAGAAGGAGAACGUGGGCCUGAAGGCGCGCGUCAAGGCCGACCUGCAGAGGGCGCCGGUGAGAGGGGCUCGCUUCAAGGGCUGCGCCAACGGCUCGCGUCCCCGUGACUGUGGCGACCUGUACGCCAGCGGCCAGCGGGAGGACGGCAUCUACUCGGUGUUUCCUGUUCACUUCCCCGCAGGCUUCCAGGUGUACUGCGACAUGACCACGGACGGAGGAGGCUGGACGGUGAUCCAGCGCAGGGAGGACGGCUCGGUCAGCUUCUUCAGGGCGUGGGAGUCGUACCGCGAGGGAUUCGGCAAGAUCACCGGUGAACACUGGCUCGGCUUGAAGCAGAUCCACGCCCUGUCCAUCCAGGGGAACUACGAGCUGCGCGUCGACCUGGAGGACUUCGAGAACAGCACGGCGUACGCCCAGUACGGGACCUUCGGGGUCGGCCUCUUCUCCGUGGACCCCGACGACGACGGGUACCCCCUCACCGUGGGGCACUACUCCGGCAACGCAGGCGACUCCCUGCUGAAGCACAAUGGCAUGAAGUUCACCACCAAAGACCGGGACAACGACCACUCGGAGAACAACUGCGCCGCCUUCUACCACGGCGCCUGGUGGUACCGCAACUGCCACACCGCCAACCUCAACGGGCAGUACCUGCGCGGCCAGCACACCUCCUACGCCGACGGCAUCGAGUGGUCCUCCUGGACCGGCUGGCAGUACUCGCUCAAGUUCUCCGAGAUGAAGAUGCGGCCGACCCGCAACCAGGAGAACAAAUGACGACGACGACAACAAAAUGACCGAAAAAAAUAAAGAUACAUUUUUUUUUUCAUUACAAAAACCACAAUUUCUGACGAGCUAUAGAUAUAUACAGGCGGAGUUACAUGUAUUGAUAUUGUUUAUCCCCUCAAACAUACCUCUUUGAGUUUCUAAUUGCCUUCUCUGCGUCUCCCUCCCUCCAUCACUCAUCUCCCGGUGUCACCACCGACAUGUAAAAUAAGCAUCGUGCAUAUUCCUCGUUAUGAUCCGGCGUAGCAGAGAUUUGAGGCCGAGCCAGCUUCACGCGGUCGGUCCGAGCAUCGCCUGCCGGGCCGAGCCGACCCCGACAUGCAACUCUGACCUCCCAUCUGUGGCUCCCCCCCCGGUGGUCCGGCCUCACCGCCCAUCGCCGUACAAUCUGUGCCCGGAGAGACGUUCGCUCCCAAUGUAGUAGAAACGAACACCGCCGCCACGUAGAAGACAGAAAUUAGUCGAAAGGAAAAGGGAUGAGAGGAGAGGGGGGAGGGGGGGGGGCAGAGUGAAUCAAAGGAGAGCGAGGAAGUGGAUGAAGACGAGGUGCAAGAAAAGGAUGAAAAAGAAGAAGGAGACAAAGGAAAGAGAGAAGGAAUAAAGAGGAUCUGGUUGGUCUGACGUGGGCCAUUAGGAAGCAUAUUGGGCACUUUGUCUGAUGUGGCUGCCAGCUGAGGGCCGGCCAACGGAGCCUCCACAGAUGGUAACCCAGCACUGUGUGUGUGUGUGUGUGUGUGUGUGUGUGUGUGUGUGUGUGUGUGUGUGUGUGUGUGUCUUCAAUAAGAGAGAGAGAGAGACAGACAAGACUUCUCUAACAUUAUCAGUUUCAGUCCAGCGGCCCCCGGCGGACCACAGAGUUUAGCCCAGACAGAUUGAACGUGAUGCGUUCAGGUGCAGUCGUAAUCGGGAAAACAACGUUCGUGUUACGGGAAUUCGGGGAAGAUACUGACGACAAUUUGACGGAGACCAACGGGAUCACAGAAUCAAAAACAUUGUCAUGUUUUCACCCCGUUGUUUUCGUUGGACCUGUCGAGGGAACCCCCCCCCCCAUCCCCCAACCCACUCCUCCUCCUCAUCCUCACCUCUUUGCUUCGUCCUCCUUUGUUUCUCCACUCCAGGUGAUUCUUCUGGGUUUUAUUCGUGUGACUCUUGUCGUGGGGGGGAACAGUGUCGUAAAAUAAGAUGUGACGCUCUCAGCCGCUGUUUUUGUUUUCCUUCUGAAUUCUACAACGUGUUAUGGACAAAAGCAAAAAUUGCCGGAGAGAAAAAAAGAAAUAAAAAAGAAAGAACAACAGAAAAAGUAAAGAAAGAAAUAAAACAAAUGUGUAUGAGGAAAAAAACACUGAGGCAAUAUGUGAGCAGAAAAUAGUGCGUUCCUGAUUUCCCCGUCUUUUAAUUAGAUUUUCUUUUCUCAUAGAGUUUAUUUGAUGUACUAAAAAGCUUAAAAAAAAGAAAUAUCUGUAGAUUUUAUUGUACAGUGUGUCUUUUAGAGCAUGUGAAGCUGUUUUCUUACUACGCUGAAACACAAAGAACACUCAAGCACAUGGACUCAAAUCCCUCGGGUGGAAGAAAUAAAACACAAAUACAUUUUAAAAAGCAACAAGUAUUUCUUCUAGAAGGACGACGGGCCGCGCGUGAAGAGGAGGGAACGUCCCUGAGAGGUCGCGCGGCACGAGGACCACGUCCUCGCGGCCUCGCCCGGACACGUGGGACCUUCACCUGCCGCCCGGCACCUGGACACUCUUCUUUUUUUUCUUUUUUUGGGGGGAAACGAGUGCCGAGCACAAAAUGUGGCACGGAAUAAAUAAAUCCCCCCGACACCGGAACAGCUGCGAGUCUGUCUGCCAUCACCGGCGCGAGAGGAAGGAUCCCCCCCCCCCCCUCGUUGAGCGUGUGUGUGUGUGUGUCUUCAACAUCAAAAAAGCACAGAUGUGUGUUGCAAAUACUCACAGGCGUGUGAUUAUGGCACAAUGGAUUGAGGAUUUGACAAUAUGGAUGGACACUCAAGGAGAAGGAGGUGUGUGUGUGUGUGUAUACACGUAUAUGCACACUUGGGUUGGCAGAAGGCCGAGUGUCUUUCUCUGUGGAGUUUUGGAGUAACGUGACGCUUCUGUAAAAAAAAAAAAAACUCCCCCCCCCCGCUAUUUGUGUUGAUACCAGAGAGAUUUACAUAAUUAUAAAAAUGAACUAUUACUUAUUGUGAUCGUGAACCCAUGAGGGUGCACCCCCCCCCCCCCCGCCAC